CAAGGUGGGGCUUAGGUGCGCUCUUGAAGCAAUUAGGAUCCGGAAGAACCGAUGGCAGAUCUGAGAAAAUGUGAUAGUGCGAGGAUCGUAAAUGUGAUCGAAUAACAACACAAUGUAACGCACAGAAGCACAGCCGUGUUCGCUGUCGGUCACGAUCACUGUGCACUUGCACACUUUACGAAUCUCAGACUGGGUUGUGAUUGCAGUUUCGGUUUGAGCGGUGCGGCAGCGAGAAGCACGUUCUGCCGGUUAUUCUCAGGUGGCACCCGAGCGAGUGGUGCUGUGUGGUUUGCCUUUGUUGCGCAGGGAGGAAUCUGAGAGAAGACAACUCCAUUAUAUAUAUAUAUAUAAUUUUUUAAUUCUAUAUGAAAAGAAAGAUGUGGGGAGCAGCUGUAAUAACCGUUGCAGUGCUUUGUCAUGGGGCGCGCUUACGUGCGACAGAUGCUGCUGAGAUGGUGACAGUGGACAGGCUGGCGACGGUGGGAGAAAGCGUGGUUUUGUCUUGCAACAACGCCGCGGUGAAUGCAACCCCUGGUGUAACAGAAUGGUCAAAGGAUGGCAGGCUUGUUCUGCGCCACAACUCUACCUCCACGGAGAAGUUUGUUGUGGACAGCCGCCUCUCCAUUGUGAACAACAGUGCCUUGCAGAUCAGCAAAGUGUGGGGUUCAGACGAGGGCGUGUAUGUGUGUAACGUAACACCGUCAGACAUCAAGGAGCAGAAGCAGCAUGGUAUUAAACUGGUGAUAGUCAGUGGCCCAGAUGCUGUAUCUGUUAAUAUCACACCCGCAGUUGUUCUUCGCAAUGGAACAUAUUACACAGUCCAGGGUUCAGAGGUCACCUAUACCUGCUCCAGCCAAUCCUAUCCAGCACAGGAGCUUUCCUGGGUGUUUGAAGGGCUGGCAUCGAAGCCUGUUAAGGUCGCAUCAGGGAAGGGAACCUCGCUUGGCUUCAAGAAGAUAAAUGUUAUACCAAUUGACCAAGGGAACUACAGCUGCUCAGCCAGAAACCCUGUUUCUGGAAAAACUGUGACGUCAAGCAUUGCAAUGCUGGUUUACUAUUAUCCACGCCAUGCACCCCAGUGCUCUUUCGAAACGGGGAGCAACGCCUCUGAUUUGCUGCUGCACUGCAGCUGGACCGGGGGCUACCCUGAGCCCACACUGCAGUGGAAACACGACGAUGAGGAGACUUCAGGAGACUGGCAGCCUGUGCUUGGUGCCUCUGCAGCGAACGCCAGCCUGGAUGUGACGAUGAGCAGGACUCAGCUGCACGACGGACAAGUGCUGAAGUGUGUGGGGGAGCACCCGGCCAUCCUGCCCAGAAUGGAAAUCUCCUGCUCAGUAAAGUUAAAGGCUCCUUAUCCAGAGGGAGAGCCCAUGGUCACUGGGAUCAGCAAACAGAAUGUAACCUUAACCUGCCAGGACAAAGACGCCCGCCCUCCUCCUAAAAUCACGUGGCUGAGGAGCAUGAAACGGGAGGAGAUCGUCCCCAGCUCCAAGUACAUCAUCUCUCAGAGCGAGGCUGUCUCAACCCUAGUAAUAAGCAGCUGCUCCAAGGAGAACGAUGAGGGCUUUUACUUCUGUAGAUCAGAGAACCCUGUGAGGGUGCGGGAGCUGGAAGUGCAUCUCUUGAUAAAGUCUUCUGCAUACAAUGUUGGUGGAUUAAUUGGGGUAGUCCUUGCCAUUGUAAUUGUUGGUUCUGGGGGAAUAAUUGGUGCGUUCGUGUAUUUGAAUCGGGAAAGAAUAUUCCUCGGACACCCUGUUUGGAGCGAGGAGAGGAACGAUGUGCUAAUGCUGGUGGACUCGGAUGACGAUGUCCCGUUUGAGGAUGAUGUUUCAGGAUUAACUUCGGUAAUCAACGGGCACGCCACGCCAGUGGUGAACAACCACCACACUCCCCACGCCGACUGUGAGGAACCACAGAUCCACGUCGAAGAGCCACCAGAACAAGAUAUCACAGACACAUGAAGAAGACUCGGCCGUUGUCUUUUCUAAAAGCAGAUGAAUGCACAGCUGAUCAGGGAGAUUUGUUUGCUACUUUUUUUUUUUUUUAAAUAAAACAUUUUUUUAUUAAUGGCAGUAGCCGCUUUGGAGAAGGGGGGGGGGGGGGGGUUGGGCCUUUUGCACAAAAUUUUAGUCAUCAUAAAUCAUAACGGUAUAGGGACUUGUGAUUAUAGUUAUGCUUUUUAUAUCCCACUGUUUGUCUUAUGGGAGAUAAUACAUGUGUGUGUUUGUAUAUAUUUUAAAUACAAUUGCAUUUUCAAGGUGUUCAGGACUGUUUAUCUUAUUGUGUAUUCCAAUCUUAUAUAAUUGCACUGUAUAAUCUUUUCUGCAUUGAAUUGAAAUUCACUCGUGGGUUCUGUCUGAGGGGCCAGGUGCUGUCUUGCAGUAGGAGAAACGCACAUGAAUUAAUCAGACCAUGUCUGCAGUUGUCUCAGCACCCCACACCUGUUAAACAUGCGUGCCUUGGUGCAGCCUUGCCGCCGUGGGCCGUUCACAAAGCUUUAAGUAUGGUACAUUUUGAAAUGUUAUUUAUAAAAGAUAUGGGAACCUAUUCUAGAAUAUCAAACUUUCUUUAUUUCAUUCGUAAACCCCGACUUGGAAAUCGCAUUCUUAACAAGCUUAAACGUUUGUGAACAGGGUAUAUAAUCUAAAAGGAAUAAAAAAAAAAUUGCAGUAUGAAAAUGUGCCUUUGCUUUUG